AUGUCAGAAACCCAGAACUCGUCGGACAUUCAAAACCCGUCAGACAUUCAAAACCCGUCGGAGCUAUCCAACCCAGAACAACUAGUCCACGAAAUUGCGACGCAGCUGGCCGAGGAACUCGCUGCUGAGGAACAAAAGCCCAUCCGCCUCGCCCGUGAAGAGGUGGACGUUCUCGCCCUCGAAAAAGAGCGUCUCGCAGAGGAGAAUGCUUGCCGCCGCAACCUACUUGCCCGUCGUCGUGAGCAGCUAGCUCAAACCUUGCCUGCCUCGACGAACGACAGCGCCCACGACGGUACGCCCCUUGCCUCUCCCGUCGCGGGCAAAGACAUGGAUUAUGAUCACUUGGCCCGUAAACGCACCAAGGCCAUUCUCCAACCCGGUCAGGACAUCCCCAUGAAACAACGCACCGUCGCCGACCUCAUCAGUGACGACGGGGUUAUCUACAAGAUAGUGCCCCCAAUGUAA